AUCCUGAUCCUUACCAAGUAUUAUCAUACUGACAUGGGGAAAGUUCUGGAGAGCUCUUUGUGGAGGUCUUCAGAUUUUGGGACAUUAUACACAAAGUUGAAUCUACAGCCUGGGAUUGCCACUGUUAUUGACAAUUUCUACAUUUGUUCCACCAACAAAAAGAAGAUAAUUCUCGUAAGUUCUUCCCAUAAUGACCGUGACCAGAGCCUUUUCAUAAGCACAGAUGAAGGAGCCACUUUCCAGAAACAACCUAUCACUUUCUUUGUGGAAACUCUCCUUUUUCACCCAAAAGAGGAAGAUAAAGUACUUGCUUAUACCAAGGAAGGCAAGAUUUAUGUAUCUAUUGACUUGGGAAAAAAAUGGAACCUUCUGCAGGAACGAGUUUCUAAAGAUCAUUUUUUUUGGGCUGUUGCUGGAGUUGACGGGGACCUUGAUUUAGUUCAUAUGGAAAUCCAGGACCCCAGUGGAGAUUAUCGCUACAUCACUUGCCAGAUUCAAAAUUGUUCUGAUAAGACAAUGACAGUCCCAUUUGCUGGCAGCACUGAUCGGGAUUCCCUGACUGUGCAGGAUGACUACAUAUUUCUUCAGACAUCAUCAGCAAAUCGGACCAAGUACUACGUGUCUUACCGUCGAAAUGGCUUUGUACAGAUGAAGUUGCCAAAAUACGCCUUGCCCAAAGAUUUACAGAUAAUCAGUACAGAUGAAAACCAGGUGUUUGUGGCUGUACAGGAGUGGUACCAGACAGACACAUACAACCUGUACCAGUCUGACCCACAAGGUGUUUACUACUCCAUCUUGCUGGAGAAUGUCCGGAGCACGAAGCAGCCAGAAGAGAAUGUCCUGAUAGAUAUUCUGGAGGUCAGAGGUGUAAAAGGAGUCUUUUUGGCCAACCAGAAAAUUGAUGGGAAGGUUACAACUCUGAUAACCUACAACAAAGGCCGUGACUGGGAUUUUCUAAACCCUCCAGACAUCGAUAUGAAUGGCAAACCGACGAACUGCAAACCUCCUGAUUGUUACCUUCACCUCCAUCUCCGGUGGGCAGACAAUCCCUAUGUGUCAGGCACCGUGCACACCAAGGACACUGCACCAGGGCUCAUAAUGGGGGCAGGUAACCUGGGGUCCCAGCUGGUUGAGUAUAAAGAGGAGAUGUACAUAACAUCUGACUGUGGGAACACGUGGCGUCAGGUCUUUGAAGAAGAACACCACAUCUUGUACUUGGACCAUGGUGGAGUUAUUGUGGCUAUCAAAGACACCUCUAUUCCUCUGAAAAUACUCAAGUUCAGCAUAGAUGAAGGCCAGACCUGGAGCACCCAUAAUUUUACCAGCACUUCUGUCUUUGUGGAUGGAUUACUUAGUGAACCUGGAGAUGAGACACUGGUUAUGACAGUCUUUGGACAUAUCAGCUACCGUUCGGACUGGGAACUGGUGAAGGUGGACUUCAGACCAUCCUUCCCCAGGGAGUGCACUGAUGAAGACUAUGAGUCUUGGGAUCUCAAAAAUCUACAGGGUGAUCGUUGCAUCAUGGGCCAGCAGAGAAGCUUUCGGAAGAGGAAGAUUUCAUCAUGGUGCAUUAAAGGGAAAAGUUUCACAUCAGCUCUCACAUCCAAAGUUUGUGAAUGUGUGAACACUGAUUUCUUAUGUGAUUAUGGGUUUGAACGCUCUGCACCUCUGAACUCAGAGUCGAGCAAAUGCUUUGCUGACUUUUGGUUUAACCCAGAAGCGCCUCCUGAAGACUGUGUGUUGGGGCAGGCAUACACCAGCAGCACUGGGUACAGGAAAGUUGUUUCUAAUGUGUGUGAAGGUGGAGUAGACCUGCAGCAGAACUUAGCACACCAUAUGUGCCCAUUGAUCGCUCCCAAGGGACUUCAGAUCAAAAUCAGAGAAGAAAGUCUGGCUGUUAGACCUGGGGAAGACAUCACCUUCAUUGUCCAACAAGAGCAGGGUGAUGUAUUGAGUACCAAAUACCAGGUAGAUCUUGGAGACGGCUUUAAGGCGAUAUAUGUGAACCUGACGAUGACUGGAGAGCCCAUCCGUCACCGCUACGAGAAUCCUGGGAUUUACCGUGUGUCCGUCAAGGCUGAGAAUGUGGCUGGGCACGACGAGGCUGUGGUGUUCGUGCAAGUCAACUCUCCUCUCCAGGCUUUAAAUUUAGAAGUGGUUCCAGUCAUUGGGAGAAACCAGGAGGUGAACCUGACAGCCAUCAUACUGCCUAGGAACCCUAAUUUGACAGUUUUCUACUGGUGGAUAGGAAACAGUCUUCAGCCACUGCUUACAUUGGAGAGUUUUCUGGUGACAAAGUUUGCUGAGACAGGUGAUGUCAGAGUUACAGUGCAAGUUUCCUGUGGGAGCUCUAUGCUUCAGGACUCAAAAGUUGUUCACGUUUUUGAUAAUUUUCAUGUUCUUCCUCUGAAGUUUACUAAGCACCUGGACAUGUACAACCCCGACAUCCCAGAGUGGAGGGAAGACAUUGGGCGGGUCGUGACGCGACUUCUUGCAAAGGAGACCAGUAUACCUGAAGAAACACUCAGGACAGUUGUGAAACCUGGUCUGCCUACAGCUGCUGACUUGCAUGUGCUACUACCAGCAAAUCAACCAAAAAAGAAGAGAAGCAUAACUAGUGAUAAGAGAAUAGCAGCUAUAAAGCAGGCCCUGAAUGCACACAACAUCAGUUUCUUUCUGAGGGGAGGAUACUGGGUCUUAGUGACUUUAGCUGACUCCGGUUCAGACUCUCAGAGGAUUGGAGGAGGCAGUGGCUACUGGGCUAUUGUGGUUCUCUUUGUUAUUUGUCUAGUUGCAGUUGGGGCUUUCAUCCUCUACAAGUUCAAAAGGAAACUGCCAGGCAGAAAUGUCUACGCCCAGAUGCACAAUGAAAAAGAGCAGGAGAUGACAAGCCCUGUUAAUCACAGUGAGGACACCCAGAACAUCAUCCAGGGUGAGGAGUUUAUUGAUGAUGAUCUGGACUCUCAAACACUAGGUAACGCAAGAGUGACUCCUUCUGGGAGAAGUGGCAACUUGAACAGCUACAGAGUUCCCUUAUUGCUGAUGCCGGUCAGUGUCCAGUCCCAGGCAAUCACUCAGGCGUGGUUUUGAGCAUCAACUCCAGAGAGAUGCACAGUUACCUGGUUAGCUGAUAUUUGCAGCUCAACGCAAAAACCAAAAGACUCUUCUCUGUACCGUUUUAUUUUUCCCUGGUGAUGUCCCAAAAUUGAAAAUAUGGCUGUAAAUGCUGAUGGAGAGGAGGUUUCUUAUCAGUCCUGUGGAAAAAAAGCAUCCAUCAUCAGUUACCAAGGGCGAAGGAUAACAUGUCUUGUGCUCACUCUAUGGCCUGGGAACUCAUUGCGAUUGAAACUCAAACGAUGGUAGCAAAUUUGUAGCCCUAGGCACCUUCAAUGCCACCUUAUUUCUUUUCUGUAUAUGCUCUAUUUCUUUAUGUUUAUUUUUAGAAUGACUGACUGUAACUUUUUAAUUAUAUUUUUAAUUGAAGUAUUCGGUGGAAGGCUGGGAGUCUUCAGCCCAAAAAAGGUGAUUUUUACACAAGUGACUAGACCAGAACAGAUGGUUGGUUGAUCACAGUGACAAUUUUUUUAGGAGGCCAAGUGUUUCUGUACUGGGAAAGGACUGAGCAAGAGACAAAUGCACUCCUAGUUGAGACAAGCUCUUAACUUAAACGUGUGUGAGACAAUCUAACAAAUUUAGGCUUAGGCCCGUCUGAGGAUUGAAGGAAGUAAAAUGUUAAUUAGGAUAUCUCGUAAUAUACAACAAUUCUCUUGUAAGUGUAGCAAGUCCUGACAAACUAUCAGCACCAGUAUCUCCCUCAGUCCCACCACAUGUGAAAGAAAAACACCAGCUUGAUGCUAUUUCCAGACCAGGUGCCUUCACUUGAGGACAUUCAUUUUAGUUGCUCUUUUCUUUUCUCCUGAGCGAGCCCCUCUAGGAUGAUGGCAGCUGCCAGAUGAGUUAUCCUGUUAAACCCUAGGCUGGUGGCCUGUCUCUUUUUAAAUUUCCAGAGAGUGUAAAUACCUCUUUUAUGCAGCUUUCUUUGUAUGGUUAUUUUUUUUUUAAAACUUCCUAUAAGGGCAGCUGUGCCGGGUGGGUCAGAAUUCUGCUCUGGGAAGGGCUGGGUAGCACUGCCAUCUCCUUCCCACGACAUCCCUGUUUGGGAUUUCCUCUGGCAAUUGCCCUUGCUGGCCAGAGUGGGCAAAACCCAAAGGGUCACAGGGAUGAUGGGAAGGGAUUUAGGCUUCCUGUUUCCUUCCCAUCACCACAGGCUGUCUCUCAGUCCCUACCACCACUGGCCCCUUUGUCUGCAGGGAGGGCAGGGGAAGGGCAGGAAGAGCUGCCUGCAGAAGGGCUUGUGAGUCGGGUCCUUGUGUCCUAAUCCCAGUUUUGUCAGUCGGGUCAGAGUUUCCUAGUCUCAACCUCUGCCUCCCUAGGGAACGGCAAUGCAGUGAAUCCACACUCCUCUUGUCUUUUCCCUGUGGUUUAUUUUAGCCAUGUAGGAAAACAAGUGUGGUGUGGUGAGUUUAAAUGUCUGGCAUCCUGUGUGUCACAGCUGCCUGGGAUUAGGAUGCUUCUCUCAGAAACCUAUAUAAUCUCUUCACUUUUUGCCUUUGAUAGAGGAUAAAUAACUCUGUACUCACUGAAUGUCAUACUGAUGCUAGUGACAAGCUCACACACCACCCUGUUUAAGAAGGAUACAGAUAGUGCAUCGUCCAGAAUAUGCAAACAGAAAAUAAUGAAUGCUAGUCAAAUAGAAAAGAACUGUCUUAAAAUCAGUGUAUGCAUUGGAAUCAUUCUUCCAUGUAGCUGUUAAUAUAGAGCAUAUUAUCAUCAAAUGCAGCGGACUGGGAUGUAGUAAUUCAGUGUAGUACUGUAGGCUCUCACGAACCCCAUAGGAUGUAUGUGUAAAGCACAAGAAAAUCUAGAUUUUAAAUUUACUGUAAGGAAAUAGGUGGAAAGUUAGAAUGAAGAUUCUGAAAAGCACUUGCAAACCGCUCAGGAAAAUAAUUACAAAAAUUGUUCUAAAAUUUCUGCCUAUUUAGUUGUAUAGUGCCAUGUAAACUUGUUAACAGAGAAGCAAUGCCUUGGCUGACUGCUGUGUGCCAGACUGUGGAAAUCCAAGGUCUUAAAUGUAUCUGAGUCUGGGUUUCUUGAAGAGAAGUGCAUAUACAAAACAUGCUGUGAAUUGGAAACUCUUGGGAUCAUUGCACCAGGGGCUUUCCCUUCUCACCAGCUCUUGCUUUUUCUAGUGGAAAGGAGCUGGAGCAGAGAAUAAAAUAACAUUGCAAACAUCUUACCUGUUCCUGUGAAAUAAAUCUAAAAUUGGUUUUUUGUAUAGGGCAGGAGAGUGGCAAACCAGCUUCAUGGAUAAGGAAUGGGAUGGAAGCUCCAGCUUGGGGUUGUUCUCACAUGGUUAGUCUGAUUGGUAAAGGACUGUGUUGGAACUAGGUCACACACCUAAUUUAUGCUUUAACAGCUACUUUUAUACAUUUAAUUCAGGGUGAUUUGUGUCUCUGAUCACAGGAGUCUUUUGGAACACGGUAGAAUAUUUAACUGCUUGGUACUCUAAUUAACACUUAGCACAAUGUAGUGCCUGUAAUAAUUUUUUCUGAUGCUUAUUAAUUUGAUUCAUGCAGAACUCCUGUGAGGUUGGUUUGUCAUGUCUUAAAAACACUGUUUUCUAAAGACAUGUUGGUAUUUCCAUAACUGUAUUAAUAAUACCCAGCAGAUAAUAAAGGAAGCCUUUGAUUUCCUCAUAAUAACUUUAAAAUUAAUUAUUUUAAAACUGAGAAAAUACUAUCACCAUUUUCUCAUUCAUGGUGUCUUGGUUUACCUGUAAAUGAAAAGACUCACUAGUACUAGUUCUCAAAUCUCUUGAACUACAUCCAUGAUAUCUUAGCUUUUUAUCCUUUAUAUGUAUCUAAAAUCCUGAUACAUAUUCUGAGUAUUCAGAAACACAGAGUUGCGUCUAUGCACAAGUGCUAGUUACACAUGUGUGCAUGCACACAAGCAGUAUUUGUACAUAUUUUAGUUAAGUUUUUUUUAGUGGGGAAGGGGGAAUGUGGUGGCUAAGAAACAGAUAACAGUCAGAUACCUGGAUUCUAGACUUUGAGCAAGUUACUUCCCUUGUAUGUGCUACAGUUUCCCCACCUAUAAAAUGGGGCUGAUAAUAAUUACCUACCUCACAGGGGUAUUGUGAGGCUAAAACUGUUUGUUCAGGAUCAUGAGAGCAAAAGAAUUUUGUGGGCAUAAGUUAUCAAUGGUUUAACUUUCUUUGUUUUACUUGUAAUUAUCACUGUUCUUAAAAGUUCUCUACUAAAACCAGCUGCAGUUAUGUAUAAAUGUAAAAAUGCAUAAUCCAAAAAAGGUGCAUAACUGGUAAAAAACUGAAAAAAAAAAAAAGGUAAUUUUAUUUAAACAUUGCUAUUGGAACAUACUGUUAUGUAGUAGAACUGCAACAUUGGCUGUGAUUUUGCUGUUACACACUAGGAUUGUCAACUCCUCUGCAUUGUUGUUUGAUCAAAAACCUUAUAAAAAUGGGUACAGUGAUAUUUAUCAGUACUGAUAUUGAACUAUACUGAAUCCAAAAAAACCUGGCAGUGUACUGGCCUCAUUGGCCUCUUUUGGUCUUCUUAAAAUCUGAUGUAUUUGCAGUUUCAAAAACACUCUGUAAUUUUCAGAGUGCUCCAAGCAGUAUGAUCUGAAGCAUUCUAACAGAGCCAUCAAGAUUUACAGCUGUUAUCUUUGCUUUCUCUUUUGACAUUGAAUGUUUUAUAUGGCUUUGGAACAGCCUGUCCAUAUCAAGUACUCAGAAAUGCUCAGAGGACAUUUAAGGAAAAUGCACACAAUUUUAAUUAAUUUUUCAAUAAUAUAAGCAAUAUAAACCAGUGUAUAUUUUUAUACUCUGUUGAAGAGGGUGGUGGAAAUGGCUGUGAAGAAAUAGAAAGUACCAGCCUGAGGCGAGAUGUUGUUGUUAUCCACAAUUCACAUCCAAUUUCUUGGAACUCUUUUAUGAUAUUCUCAUUGAAUUCCAUCCUUCUUGAUGAGUUUUCUUCUUUCAAUGAUGAGUAAUGAGGAGUAAGUUGUUUAUUCAUAUAAAGUAGAUGAUUUGUUAACUAACUGUCCUGUAGACAAAGACAAAUCAGUGCUUUGCCAUUAUAGUUUCUGUGCCAAGCAGUUUUCAUGUGACAUGCUUAUCAUGGUUAGCUGUGUUUUCAGUGCAAUGAGACCUUCUUCUAGUGGGGAGACUCUUACUGUAUCCUGUGUCUUUAGUGGAGGUCAGUGGAACUGCAGUGAUUUCCAUCCUUACACAAAUACAUGCUCAAAGAAAUGUGUGGGGAAAAGAAAAUCUUUAUAAGAAAUUAAAUACAUGCAUUUCACUGCAGUAACUUUCUGAUGAUGAACCAGAGGUUCUGAUAAGUUUUGAAUUUCUAGUGUUAUUUCACGUCGAUGUUUCUAAGUAGAUAGAAUCGAUGACAAUUUCAGUCAUAGAUUUUUCCUGUUUCCUAUUAAAAAAGUUUUGUAAUUUUUCAUUAAUGAGACUUUGGGGGAAAAGAGAGAGUAAACACUUUAUUUCAUUGCACAGUCCCUGAUAGUUGGAGUUAUUAUAGUUGUGUUAUUGUAUAUUGAUUGAUACCACUGUACUGUUUCCAUAUUCAUUUUUAUUUCAGCAUUUUAGAUGAAAGUAAGCGCCCAUUUCUCUCAAAAUAUUGGAUUUCUACCAGGACAAAAUUUAUAAGCAUUUACCUUUAUGAAUCUUGAUUUUUGAGAUGCAAAAUUUUAUUUUGUCCUUUAAGUCCAUCCAAAAAGCUGCUUCCUGGCUCAUUUUCUCUGUUUUGGUCCCAGUUGUGCAUUGCUUCUACAGCUUUCUUCAGGAGACUGGCACACAGCCAGUACUAGUCUGAGAAAACCUAAAACUUUCAUUAGAAUGGCAUUUAAUUGCCUAUAAGUAAGGUCUGCUCAGAUAAUUUUCUUAAUGUUAAGUUUGUAUUUUCAUGUUCUGUAUUUCAGUAUCUUAGCAUUUUCCCUCUCAGUGCCAUUUAAAUGCAUUUUUAUUCCUGUAAUGUUUUUUACUUGUUUUUAGACUAAAAUCUUCAAAGUGACAGAUAACUCAGACCCCCGGUUAGGUUUUGCAAUUAAUAGCCUAGCCCAGCAGUCUUUGGGAAAUGUGAAGCUGUGUCCUCUGAAAUUUUUAACCUUCUGUCCCAAGCCAGCCCUUCUUACCCAACUGAUCACCUCAGCAGCAUUGCCUCCACUUGCCUGUGCACAUUCAGACUGGAGGGGGUGCAGAAGACACCUAGAACAGCCUAGAACAGCUCAUUUCCCAAAUCUGGAUGGGAAUGUCGUGCAGACAAAGUUCUUAUUUGUUCCUUCUUUUCAAGUGUGUUGCAUAAGCAGAGAGGAUGCAUAUUACUGGGGAAAGAAGAACCUGUGACAGUUCUUCAGGCUGCUCUGGAGGCUAAAGAAUGCAACAUCUUGGAAUGUUUUUCUAUUGAAAUUGAUACAUAGAGGAAGUUGGUUUCAUGAUUUUUAAUAUGAGAUCUCAUUUCUGCAAGUCUUCACCCCCAGAUUUUUUCCUCCUGUUAAAUGGAGUAGCAAAUUACUUAAACUAUGAAUUGUGGAGCCAUGUUUGACUUCCAUUCUUUUCAUCCCUUUUUGUCCUUUUGUGAAGCUUGUCAGCAAUACUGUUUCCAGCUAGUUUAUAUGCUGGUAGCUGAGAUGAUCUUCUGUAAGACAGUAUCUGACAUAAGAAAUUCUGGAAGGCUUAGAAAUAUGUACUCUGAAAUACAACAACAGAGCUGUGUGAAAAAAAUCCUUAUCAAAGAGCUGUUAUGGUUUACAUUAAAUACUUUUUAAUAGUAUCUCUAAAAAUACAUACUCUUAAUUGCAAACUCUUUGCCUCUCUCUCCUUCCAGAUUGAUUUGCUUUCAGAAGCAACAUUUACUAGCCCUUAAAGGAAGUGCAUUCUUACACAAGUAAUUUUGCUUAAUAUUUUUUUUCUUGCAACACUUGCAUUUCACACAAGCUUCAUCUGUCUUAAUCAGCCUUGAUUUCUGAGUUUCUGUAAAAUUUGCAUCUCUACUCUGCUUACUUGCAAUACAGUGGACAUAAAGCCCUGUUGAGCAGCAAUAAUACAAACAGCAGUACCUGGCACUGCUUAAAUAAUGCCUUUUUUGCACGUAUUUUUAAUGGUAUAAAGAGUAUAUUAAUCACCAGGAAGGCCAGACAUUCCGAAUAACUUUCUUAGCAUGUCUUAUAUUUCUAUGUUAUUUGCUGCUAAUUUUAGCCAGCUUUUGAUACUUAUAUUUAGUUCUUACUGACAGUGAUCUCUGGCAGAUCAAAGCAAAUGAAUUGGCUUAUCCGCUUUUUAGAAAAAGUAUUAAUUCACACUGCUUAUUGAUUAAAAGAGUUUUAAAAGGAAAUCUUUCUGAGAUGGUGAAAAAGAUACUUUUUAAUGAGAACAACUCAUACAAGAAAACAACAGGCUUUUGAAUCCAUGUGGCUUUUGAGAUAUUCUUGUUACGGAUUUUGAAUAGAAAGGACUGUGCAGAAGCAUAACCCCAAACAUCAGUGACAUGCACGUAGGCAGUUUACAAAUGGUAAAACUAGUCCAAAGGACAAUAUUGUAAUACACCACCUGUAUGUUUCAGGUUCACAUUAGGGCCUUUAAAUGGCUAAAAUUACAGAAUAUCUUCAUAAACAAGAUGCUGAGGGAAUUGCCAAACUCACGGGCUCCAUUUAUUCGUGAAUACACUCCUCUCUUUGGGGUUAAUCUUUGGAGAUGCUGAAGUAGCAAAGUAACUGUUCAUGAAGUCACCUGCAUUGUUUCAUGUUUCCAAAUAUUUGCCAAGUAACUUGUGAAACCAGAGGGAAAAAAAAAAUAUCCAAAUUUUCCACUCUUUUCUGUUUCUCCUCCUUUUCCUCCCACCCCUUCUUUUGUAGUCCUUGUGUUCUCUUUCAUUUGCCUGGCUUCUCCAGAUGACUACAAUUCUCUAUAGUCCCACUUUUUCUUCCCUGCUUUUUGUUCUGCUUUAUGUAACUGUGUUUUUAUUUGGGUAUGCACCCUACUGUGACCCAAUUGAUAGUGAGAAGAAUCACAAUCUCUAGCGAGAAGAAUCACAAUCUCUUCCCCAUUCCUGCCUCUCCUCUAAGCUCUGCUGUAUUGUCUGAGGUUCCCUGUGCUUUGUGUCACUGCAGUCCAUCCUUCCUGUUUCUUUCCCACUUUAGUAUCUUUUAAUCCUUUCAGCUUUAAUUUUGGCUCUCAUUUUCUCUAAAUCUUUCCGGAACUCUUUAUCUUUUGCCUUUCAAGAACUUUUCUCAGAUGUUCGUCCCAGAGACCACAUGCUUCUAGUUUGAGAUGUGGAUGAGUAUUAUACUCCCUGAAAGAAUAAAAACCAGCAUUUCCUCUCUCACCAGUGUAUAUAUUGAUUUUGCCAUUGGUCUGUAGUGAAAUUAUAUAUUUAAUUGGCAGAGAUGGUCACCUGUUAGCACCCAAAUAUCUUCCUCUGUCUCCUCUUGGGUUACAGUGGGAGUUCCCAUGUCUUUCCUGCAGUACAGCAAGGGCUGGCUUGCUUUGCCAGCCUUGCAUUCUGUCAGGAACAGAAUUGCAGCAAGGUUGGGUAGAGACACCUUGCCAGACCACUGGGCUGCAUUUGUAUUUCAGUAUGGGAAAUGCUGAAACCCAAGCUCAGACACAGCCUUUUAGAGAUAUUGUUACAGCCCAAAGCUGAAGACUAGGUGAAGUAAAGAGAAUUCUUUGUUAAUAGAGGGUCGGGAGCAAUUUCACUUGACAGGUUUAUGGAAUGGGUCUGUAAGGAACCUUUCCUAGAGGCCGGGGAAAAUGGCUUGGAUUCAAGUUCCAUAAAAUAAAUUUAAGCAAAGUCACCGGAUAGAUUUGGCAGAAACAUCAUGCUGGAAGAGCUUGGAGAACUUAAUGGGAGUAAGAUCAUUGAGAAGCUCAGCGGUAUCUUGGAAGGGUACAGCCUGUCUUAGGGAGUGUGAGAGAGAUGUGGGAGGGAGGGGAGCACUGGACUAAACAGGACAAGAAAAAGCAGGGGGAAAGUCAGCGUUACCAGUGUGUAUGAUUUUACCACAUGUUGUUGAUUUUGCUUUGCUUAAGUCUUGAAGCUUAUUUUAAUUUGUAAUGGCAACUAUUUUAUUUUGUUUGUUGCAUGCAGAGACUUUAAACCAUGAAUCUAAAUUGAUGCAGCACGAGGAACAUGCAAAAUUAUCACCAUCUCUGCCUUUAAUUUAAGACAGAUCUGACUUGCAGCAGCAUCCCACCUGAGGUGCAUGGAAAAGAUGUUGCUUUAGGAGCCAAGAUGCCUGUAUGUCUGCUCCAGAUGACUGUGGGUCAUUUGCUAAUGGUGUUCCUCCCUAGCACAGCACUGAGCUAGGAGACAAGGGAAAAAAAUUAUUUUAUAGAGUCUGUGUCUUGCAUUUAUACUGUUUAAAUGUAAUUUGCUAGAAUGCCUCUAUGAGCUGUAAUUUUAUAAUGUUUAAAGAAGAUGAAUGGAGCUGGUAUAGUAUUCCUCAGGGUACACACCAGUGACUGGAGUUUACUGAACAUGUGACUAGAAAUUUUAAUUUUAGGAACAGAGAGUUCCUCCAUUUCAUAUACACACCAGGCCUUUGAGUACAGGUCCUUUUUUUCAUUUGUCACUGACAGGCUUUGAUUUAUUUCCUCAUGGGUGUAAAGUCAUGGGUUGUGCUUGCUGCAGUGCAGAAGGCUCUGGAGGGAAAACACAAUCAAAUGGAGAAGUAUACUUGAAUUCUCCUCUCUUGAUCACAGUCUUCUCUGAGUUGCUUUUCUGUCAUUGUCAUUCUGCCAAUAAACAGCAUUGAUGUUAAAAGGUGAUUAUCUAAUUUUCAUCCUCUUCCGCGUGGCUGAGGAAAAAUAAACACGAGAAGUUUGCAGAGGAAUAGCAGACUGGAAGAGGGUGGGGAAGUUAAUCAUCUGGCAGAGUGCUUUGGGAAGCUUCCACUUUUUAUGUUUCACUUACCACUUAUUUCUACAAAUAUGUACAGCACCUGUGAUUUACCUCUCCAUUAAACUUGGAUAGAUUUCUUUGCAGAAGGUGGUUUUAAACAAUACCACCCUAGUGCAUUGCAAAAGUGGGUUUAGGAGGCAUCAGGUAUUGCCCUUCAUCACUGAAAUGAAAUUGGUAUAAUUGCUCUGUAUCUAUGAAGCAGCACUAAGAAUAUUGCUUCAUCCUAGAUUGGAGGAAUAUUUGGAGAGAUGACAGUUGGAAUGGGGGAAUUUUCCUUUUUAAGAGUAAAGGAUGGAAGCUGGCUUAUUUACAGUGCAUCUGUGGCUGUUCCAGCACAGGUGGGUGCAAAAUCUCUUAAUCUAUAUACAGACAGAUAAAUAUAGAUUUUGCUGGCAUUACCCAUGAAAAUAAAAGGAGAAAAAAAAUGGUAAUUAAAUCAAGCCUAAAUAGUGUUUUUUGGCUAAUUAGAGCUGCAGCUCUGGGUAAGUAUAUGACAACGUAUAAAAUAAAAACUAGACAUAUAUCUUGUGAAAAUAAAGCGUGUCUUGCUACCCUGAUGUUAAUGUGGAACACUGUUUAUUUUGCAUUACAGGGCCAAAUUCUACCCUAAUUUAUGGCCAUGCAGUUCCCCAGACAUUAUCAGUUCAGCUUUGUGAUACAGAAGAAUUUUAUCCCUGGUGAAUUUGAAAAGCAACUGCAGGUUAAAAUCAGUUUUCUUCUCAAUGCACCUGUACUUACACAGGUUACUAACUGAUUUUCACCGUAAUUUUUAUUUCCAUUGCUAGCAUGAGAGUUCUUUGGAUAGAUGAAAUUAAUUACAACCAAGGUAGAACUGAAUUUUUUAACUGCUUAUGACUGCUUGGUCAGCAAAUGCUUAAACUGUCUCCAACCAGGUUUUUGACCAAGGGGUUAUUCCACUAAAUGUGAAGGUUCUUAGCAGUCACCAGAAUGCUCUAACCCCAACCUUUAACAUACACAACUACACAGUCCUCUCCUUCUGCCUUUGCACAUUCUAGUAUUUGUGAAAACAGAACAUGCCUUCUCCUAAUUUUGUUUCAGGUGACCUUGACUUUAAGCAGGUUUCUUUGUAUACAGUAACAGGGCUCAAGUGAAGAAUGAAAUAAAUCCAUAAUUGGUGCAUUGUCAUAAAUGGGGAAAAGUGUUAUUUGUAUAUUUUUGUAAAUAUGUAACAUUUAAUGGCAGUUUUGUAGUGACGUGCUGUUUUUGAGACAAAGAAACAAAUAUAUGUUUGAAUAUGCUUGACGUAACACUUAACUGUGAUUCAAUUGCACAAGUAAUAGCUUAAUCGAGAAGUCUUGUGCAAUAUGUAGUGCACACACAUAACCAAGUAUCUGUUAGCAAUCCACAAGCAAGUUUUUGGCAACUUUUAACAGUGGUGAUGAACUGUGCAGUACAGAUUAUCACGGUCUCUUUCAGCUUCCAAACAUGUAGCAGGCAAACUACUGUAUACGUACCUGUGUACUCCACUGCAUCCAAAGGUAUGCAUUUGUCCUGAGAACCUGCACUCCAGGUUUUUCUUUAAUAAAAUUUGGUUCUAAA